UCAGACACAGGGUCUGAGUUUUGGUGGUGCUGUGUGGAGCCAGGGGUUGGACUCAAUGAACCUUGUGAGUCCCUUCCAACUCGAGAGAUUCUAUGAUUCUAUGAAAUAUGCUGCUGAUGUCAAAGGGAAGAGUAGGGGCCCUGUGACACAAAGACAGAUGGUGAAACAAAGACCUGGGCAUUUACAGAGCAAUUGGUGUUUUAUGCUGUGAUCUGGUUUCUUUUCUGUACUUGAAUGACAGAGGCAAAAAACACGCCUUCUGCCAAAACCUGCUUGCUUUGCUACACACAUUCACUAAAAAUUGUCUUUUCAUAUGCAAGUGUCUCUCUCUGCCUGAGGACCUGAUAUAUCCAGAGGGUUAGCAUUUAGGAAAUCAUUUCAUUUGCGUUAGGCAACUUGCAGAAGCAAAUGAGACACAGUGAUAACAAUGCUGACUUGUAUGAAGCAAGUGCAAGCAUGGCCAAUGUGAUCCUGCUUCCCUCUCACCCUAUUGAACACAACACCAAAAGAAAUGCUGUGAUGUUUGUAUGCUGCUGGGCCAGCUUGUUGAUAAGACAAUACGUGUUGUUAUUCCCAGUUGCCUGAGGCUUCCUGAUUGUCUUUACUGCCCAUGAGCUGACUAGCCCUAAGUGAGAAAACUGGAGAGAAUGUACAAGGAGGGAGAGAAUGGUAUCCUGGUUCUACCUGAGAUUGCAAAAGAUUGUUAGAUGGGUUUGGAGGUCCUGUAAGGUGGAGUCAAGCAUGGUGAGGUAUUGCUCAUUCUACUGGCUGGGAGGGGUCCCUGGACUGAGUCACUUACAGAGCCAUGCCUGGACUUCACCUGAGGGAGAUCCAGCUACAGUGGUCCAGAGGAGAUCGAUGGACAGAGGAAGAGAUGAACAGUGUGGGCAGCACAGAUCCCUGUCUCUGCUGAUCCUUGGUAAUGGGGACGGCCCCUUAGGAUUCACAGAGGAAAAGAAUAGAUGUGCUGUUUAAAUACCUAUCAAACCACCAGCAAACUAAGGUGAAGAGACAAAGCCCUGGUUUCUUUGCACUUACAGAUAGUGGGAGUGGAAGUCUUUAACAGCGAUGUUGCUGCUUUGGAGAGAUUUAUUUCCAGUGUAACUUCCUAAUUCAAGCAUGGGAACAUCUAUCCCUUGCUGACACCAGUCAGCCCUUCCAAGGCCAACUUCUGCUCAGCGAAGCCACAAGCCAGAUGUAGCUACAGCCAGGACUUCCCUGGCACAGUUCAUCAUCUACCCUGUUCGUAUUAGGUCUGUGCUUUCCAUGUGCAUCCUUAUACCAGGUAACCUAUUAGAGCAUGCUUUUGAGGAGGAUUAUUUCAGAUGGGUCAAAAAAGAUUCCUGUCUUUACACUUAAUCUUCUCUUUAUAAUCAAAUGCUGGGAAUCAAUGUGAAAAUGUCAACAAGGAGAUUCAGUAAGGCCUGAGUGAAUUUAGGCUAGAUUUAGACUAACUGGCCAGUUAAAAGGACACUGUGUACAAUAGAAAAUUGUAUUUUGCAACAAGAAACUGCUAACCUCACUUAAUUAAGAUGAUACUACGCAUAAUUCAGAAUUCAGUACAGAUUGGAGGAUGUCUUCCUUGCGCCACCUCGUAGGCCCAGGCAUAUUCAGUGUGCCUCCUCAAGCAGUGAGUGAAUUUGCUCUGUGAUUCCAUAACUGUGCUUUCUCCUGCUAAAUUUUUCAGUGCAAAUUUUUCCUUCACUUUUUCAUUCAUGGUGAUAGUAGGAAUGGGUCUGUUGUUGUGACUGCUCCCCUCGCUACUUCUCCUGCCAGCAGCUCCCUACACAUGCACUCUAUUUCUCCUCUGUCCCACAGAGCCAUGACAAGAGCCACAGUUAAGGAGGCAGAGCCCAAUGGGGCAAUUGCAACUCCUGAAGAGACAAAAAAGGAGGAAAUGGAAGAGCGAGGCCAGUGGAGCAGCAAAGUGGAGUUUGUGCUGUCUGUGGCUGGAGAGAUCAUUGGUCUGGGUAAUGUGUGGAGGUUCCCAUACCUCUGCUACAAGAAUGGUGGCGGAGCAUUCCUCAUCCCCUACCUCAUCUUCCUCUUCACCUGUGGGAUCCCACUGUUCCUCCUGGAGACGGCGCUGGGGCAGUACACCAGCCAAGGAGGGGUCACUGCCUGGAGGAAGAUCUGUCCCAUCUUUGAAGGAAUUGGAUAUUCCUCCCAGGUCAUUGAGACCUAUCUGAACAUCUACUAUAUCAUAAUACUGUCCUGGGCACUCUUCUACCUGUUCAGCUCAUUCACCACGGUGCUACCAUGGGCCAGCUGCAAUAACCCUUGGAACUCAGAUCUCUGUGUAGACUUUCUGAAUAGCUCCAGCUGGGACAACAGGACUGUGCCUGCAAACGCCACCUCCCCAGUGGUUGAGUUUUGGGAGAAGAGAGUCCUGGGACUCACAGAUGGUAUUCACAAACUGGGCACUGUGCGCUGGGAGCUGGCUCUGUGUCUCCUGCUGGCGUGGAUCGUCUGCUACUUCUGCAUCUGGAAAGGUGUCAAGUCCACAGGAAAAGUCGUGUACUUCACCGCCACCUUCCCAUAUGUCAUGCUGGUCAUCCUGCUGGUGCGGGGUGUCACACUGCCGGGUGCCACUGAGGGGAUCGUCUUCUACCUGAAGCCAGAUGUCUCCAGGCUGGCAGACCCGCAGGUCUGGAUGGAUGCAGGCACACAGAUUCUCUUCUCGUAUGCCAUAUGCCAGGGGUGCCUGACAGCUCUGGGCAGCUACAACAAAUACACCAACAACUGUUACAGGGACUGCAUUAUGCUCUGCUUCCUGAACAGUGCCACCAGCUUUGUUGCUGGCUUUGCCAUUUUCUCUGUGCUGGGCUUCAUGGCUCGAGAGCAGGGCGUACCCAUUGCAGAAGUGGCUGAAUCAGGUCCUGGCCUGGCUUUCAUAGCAUACCCGACAGCAGUAACAAUGAUGCCCGUGUCUCAGCUUUGGUCCUGCCUCUUCUUCCUCAUGCUGAUCUUCUUGGGACUAGACAGCCAGUUUGUCUGUGUGGAAAGCAUGGUGACAGCUCUUAUUGACAUGUUCCCGGGAGUGUUUCGAAAGAAGGGACGUCGGGAGCUGCUGAUCCUGGCCAUUGCGGUGAUAUGCUACCUGCUGGGCUUACUGCUGGUCACUGAGGGUGGGAUGUACAUCUUCCAGCUCUUUGAUUACUAUGCUGCUAGUGGCACGUGCCUGCUCUUCCUGGCCAUUUUUGAAGUCAUCAGUGUAGGAUGGGUUUACGGUGCCAACCGCUUCUACGACAACAUUGAGGACAUGAUUGGUUAUCGGCCAUGGCCCUUGAUCAAGAUAUGCUGGCUGGUGUUCACCCCGGGUCUGUGCUUGGCUGUCUUCUUGUUCUCCCUAAUCAAGUACACACCCUUGAAAUACAACAAUUCUUACGUGUACCCACCCUGGGGCUACAUGCUGGGCUGGCUGAUGGCACUCUCCUCCAUGGUCUGCAUUCCUCUCUACAUCAUCUUCAUCCUCCUGAGGACCAAGGGAUCCCUGAAGCAGCGGCUCACACAGCUGAUUUCCCCAGCAGAGGAUCUGCCCCAGCCCAGGAAGCAUGUGGUGGCUCUGUCCGAACUGAAGCACAAGGAUCAGUCCUCUCCCAUCCAGGAGGUGCUCAGCAUCACAGAGAGGGAAACCCAUUUCUAAGGCACUGGUGAUAUUGCCUUCGUACUCUGGGUUGAUUCGCUCUCUCCUUCCUGAAGUGGUUUCUUUUCCUGGACUCUUCCCUUCUGUCCUUCACAUGGGACACCUCUGACUCCAGCCAGCUGCCAGAGGGGUCCUCAGAACUGACACUGAUGGAGAUGGAAAGAAAUGCAAAAAGGAAAUAUAGUAACAAAAAAAAGAGCUAACCCUCCCCCACCACACACACACACACACACACACACACACACACAAACAUCAGAUGUGUUGGGAGGAGGAAAAGAAACCACAGUGGUGAGAGAGAGCAGAGAAUAAAGUUGUGCAGGAGCAAAGCUAGGGAUGCAAAGACACAAAUGAUGGGGUGCUAGCACAGGAAAUAAGUGAGGUGGUUCAGAAGUACAUAAGAAGCAUGAAGAUGACAAAGGGAAGCGUAUUUCUAGGUCACCUACAUCCAAGGGAGAAGGAUCCAGUAAGGUUUCACAGUCAGUGAUGAAAGGAGGCAGCAGAGUUAGUAGUGAUGGCUUCAGCUGUCUCUGAACCGGAAGAGUGACAGGGCACUAGGUACGAACACAGUUAUUGACACUGGAUCUCACAGCAGACUCUGAGUGGAAAGGGGGUGAGGGCUAACUAUCCCGGGGGUGUGCUCCUAGUCAGACCCACACUGGCCAGUGAACAUAUAUCCAAGAGUGAAACAGCUGAAUCUUUGGUGAUUCUCUCAGCGAAAUCAUGGAGUGCAGGCCAAGUCCCAGAGCAGGUUGGUUAAAAAUGAGCUGCAGCACAGCAAAGAGAAAUGGGACCCUGGGGACUUCACGCCCACAAAUUUAACUGCACUGCUGGGGCAUUUUAUGGAGGAAUUAAUGAAGGAGUUGAUGGGCCUGUUUCUGUGCUGCAGAGUAGCUUUGGGGCAAGAGUGGGAGAAGGACUGUGCUGCCUCGGCUCUGCUGCCAGUAACUGCUCAGGGGACAUAGCAGGCACAAUCGAGUACAAUAAUCAUAAGCUCAGAAGAGAUAAAGGGAUAAUUAAUAGCUAAGAUGACUUCAUUGGCAGCAGACUGUGUCAAAUUAAACGUUCCCUGUUGCCAGGGUGGUUGUGAUUGCAGUGCGAUGGCCGGGAGGGACAUCAUGGGGAUGCGACGUUUGGAGCCACACAGCUCUGACUUGCAGAGGCUGUUAUGUCACACGUGAGGCCUGAACACUCAGUGACAAAGCCUACCUGAAUGCCUAUUGAGAUUUCACAAAAGCCAGCAGCAGUAUCUCCCCAGACCAUUUACCAUGGUCCAGGGAACGCACACUGGCUUUGGGUCUGCCUUGCAAUAGUGCCAUAUCACAGCACGCAGGAGAAUUACCAUUAAAGAGAAUCGCAGGUGCCACAGGCUCCUUCCUCUUGUUCCUCCUUCCAAGUAAUUGCGCAUCCCCAUGCUGUGUGGAGAUAAACUGCCAGCGCUGAAAGAAAGUGGGGAAAUCAGGUCUCAUCUGUGCAGUGCAGUACCUUUUCCAAUUGCUAUGGGAACCUUAUCUUUUGCAGUCUUCUGUGAGUUUAACUGGUGAAUUAGCAUAGGGGAAUUUUUUCCCCAUUAACUUUCCUUUCCUUUAAAAUCUAAAAACCGUUGGUGAAAUGAACGCUGAAAGUCAAACAUCAGAAUUUGUACCUCUCUGGGAUAUUUUCAUUUAAUCGGAGAUGAUUUGCUGUAGAAGGUAGAGACAGCUGGCAAGCCUCAUUCUUCUUCACUAUGAAGGACUGCAGCACCACAGAAGGCACCAUUUAUUUUAUUUUAUUUAUUAAGGAGCUAAGUGUUGUGUUGCUGCAAUGGUCUUGGGAAGAGCUUAAAACCCAGACUCUUGCAGCCCUGCCCCACGGUAAACAUUCUGGUAUUUUUCCCCUCCUAGCUAGCAGUACUACUCACAGUUUGGCGGGGUGAGCCGCCCUCUGCAGCAGGUCCCUACCUGCAGCCAGAGCAAUAGCUCCUGGUUGCCAAUGUUGCGAGGCCAAGGCACGUGGCAAUGUGAUGGUGGCUCAGCCUGGUCAGCUGGUGAAGCCACCAGCCCCAGGUGUCCAUGAGUGCUUGCUCUCCAUCAGCCCCAAAGGAGGGCCGCGCACAGAGGGACUGGUUUUGGUGGCAACUACCAUCAGAAUGGUGGCACUGGUUUUGAGGAGGAAAUUUGUCUCCUCCAAUCAACACAAGUUCAGUAGCUGGGCUGUAUCGUGCCAUCUAGAUUCGGUUAACAAGGGCUUCUUGUGUGAACCUUGGUAGGAUGUUCAACCCCUUGGCUCCUGUUGCCAUGCCUUUAAGGUGUAAGGUAGUGUCUUGCCAGGGAAGUGGUGGAGGUGUGGCCACUCCUUUUCCUAAGACAGUCUGAUAACACUGCAGCAAUCCUAGAUAGAAACAAAUCACCCUGCAGUUUUGAACACAGAUGUGGAGCUAUGUUACUGCAAAUAAAUACUAUAUGAACUGGUUUAUCUGUUGCUUAUGUAUAAUCUGAUAGCAGCAUCCCACCCCUGUCAGGAGGCAGCAUAUUUUAACAAAGUCAGAGGAGGAAUUGCUGUCAUUAUUGAAAGAAAUGACAGAAUUUCCAGGAUUGGGAAGUUCAUCCAGAUACUUUGGAUGGGACUGACAGAAUUGCAGGAAGUUCAAGGGAAAGAUCCUGGUGAUCUUGUGACCCAAGCAACCCAGCUGGGGUAGAAGGGGAAAAUACCUUAUUUGCUGCUAUAAGCUCCCCUGCAUGCAGGCACAGUUAGUGAUCAACUAAUGGUUUGCUGAACUCACACAAACAUCUCAGGCAUUGCUGCACACAUCCUAAGCAUCUGAGCAGUCUUUAUCAGCCUCUGGAAGAUGCCCACACUGUGGUCAGAGUUGGAUGUCUAUCUGAAGAAAAGCCACCAUGGUACAUAUAUACCAUCAGAAGGGGUGGUACUGGAAAGGAGGGAGAGAUUUGUUUUCAUAUAGUUGUUGAUAAGAUGCCAAAACAUAAAGUGUUUGAAGCUGAAAUCCAAGGGAAGUUACCAAGUAAUCAUUCUCUGCUGCUCCUCCCAGUCAGUGGAAAAAUACUGUGUAUAGAAGUGAAGAAAGACAUCUGUAAAGCUCCUAAUUACCAGGGCUUUUUUUUUACCCCUUUGGGGGGACGGUUACUUUGUUUUUCAUUAGAAAUUCAUUCCCCCUGCCAACCCUCUCCAGCAAGGAAAAUCAAGAAAACAUUUUUUUUAAAUAAAAGAAAACAAAAUAUCUUGAA